ACGCAAUCCGGAUAUAAUAUCGUUGGACAGCUGUUGGCAGACGAGGAAAGGGAGUCAUUUGUGUACAUAUUCCUUUUAACUCGUAACAGUAAAAAUCUAACCAUGGUUUUGAUGACGAUGAUAGCAAGAGCCUCGGAUGGGCUUCCACUUGCUGCUUCAUUACAGGAAGAUGAACAGUCAGGACGAAAUCUUCUGGAGUAUCAGAACCAGGCCAAAAUGCUCUUUAAAAAAUUAACAGUCAACAGCCCAAACAGAUGUUCCAUAGAGACAGGCCCAUAUCUUUUUCACUAUGUAAUUGAUAAUGAAGUGUGUUACCUGGUGCUAUGUGAACGGGGUUUCAGCAAAAAGUCAGCUUUCACAUUCCUGGAAGAAAUGUCAGCUGAGUUUAAUUCACAGUAUGGACGUCGAGUUGCACAGGUUUCCAGGCCAUAUUCCUUCAUAGAGUUUGACACUUACAUCCAAAAGCUCCGUCGUCAGUAUAGUGAUCAAAGAGGACGACGCCACAUGCACCAGCUACGAGAAGACUUGAAUGAUGUGCAGAGGAUUAUGAUGGACAACAUUGAUGAUGUUUUGCAACGAGGUGCUGCACUGUCAGAUUUGGAGACAAAGGCUUCUGGUUUAUCAAUGAUGUCAAAAAAGUAUCACAAAGAUGCCCAGUACUUGAACAUGCGGUCUACCUAUGCAAAAAUUGCUGCUGGGGCAGUGGUUGGAUUGGUGUUUUUGGUGUACUUCUUUGUGUUUUAAUCAGUUGGCAUUAUCAAGUUUAUUUUAAUUUCUUUAUAUUGUUGGCAAAUAUGAUCAGAUUAUCUGUAGUUGUAAAAUUUAUUCCUAUUUAUACAUGUAAUAGUUUUACAAGCCAAGUGACUAGUUUUUCAUUCUUUUUGGCAAAAGCAAUCUACGUUUCCAAAGGACUACCUUAUAAAUGUGACAACCAAC